AUGGAGGCAGGUUCACUUACAAUCUUUCUGUGUGCUCUUUUCUUAUUUUCUGCCGAAGGUGCGCCGAAGUUUACCGAAGAACGUCAAAAACCAUACCUUGCUGAGGAAGGCGCCAAUGUUACGCUGAAAUGGAGGUACACAUUUAGCGAAAAGGAAUCAUUCCGUCGGGCAACAUUUUUAAUGGGUUCCAUCGACAUUGCGGAGAAAUCUGCCCGGGAUAGCACGCCCUUCAUUAUACCACCCUACCGAGAUCGCUUACACGUGACUGUGACAAAUAACUACACAUCAAUUACUCUCAUGGGAGUGAAUAGAUUGGACACGGGAAGUUACGCAUUAACAGUCAACACUUAUCCAAGUGGAGCACAAAGAAAAAGUACAUCGGAGAUUUCAGUAGUGUAUCAACCGGAGAUCACUCUUAAUCCGUUAAAUGUCACAAAAGUAGAGGGAGAAAACGUCACUUUGACUUGUAACGUCACUGGAAAUCCAGAACCAAAUAUAUCGUGGGUCGUUAAAUGGUCUUCUAUGGAUAAAAAUAAUAGCCAUGGGAUUGAUUUUUCAAACGACAGAGAGAAAAUGACGAUAAUGAAUGUUAGCAGGACAGACAGCGGAGAAUACCAAUGUAUGGCGUCCAAUAACCUCGGAAAUGCUUCUUCCCAAGUUGCUACACUGGAUGUGCUAUAUAAACCCGAGAUCAGCCCUCUUCCACAAAUGAUUCAGAGAACAGAAGGGGGCAAAAUGAUUUUAUUUUGCAACGCCACUGGAAAUCCAGUACCGACAAUAUCAUGGACUAUAAAUGGAUUUUCUUUGGACUCUAGUAACAGUUCUAGAAUGAAUUUGUCUUACGAAGGAAAGCAAAUCACUAUUACGAAUGUUAACAGAACAGACAGUGCAGUGUACCGAUGUGUGGCAAAAAACAGUCUUGGCAAUGUUACGUCCCAUGGCACCACAUUGGGAGUGCAUUUUGAACCCCAGGUUACAAUUGAUGGCAAUCAGGAAAAAUAUAUGGCCAAAGGCAGCAAUAUCCGGCUGAUAUGUCGGUAUGAAGCGUCGUCACCAGUGUCUGAGGUGCAAUGGAUUAAAGAAGGAACUGUGAUUGCUGGAAAUACUUCAAUGCUGAUUAAUGAUUCAAGAGUGACAAUUCCAUCUUUCAAUGAGAGUCAAAUACAGUUGUCAAUCACUGCAGCUUCCCUAAAGGAUGGAGGAAAUUACACCUGUAAAGUCACGAAUAAUUUAAACAGCACUCAGGAUACGACAAUGAUCAUAAUUGAAGAUAAACCUGAGAUCGCGACGCAUCCUCAAAAUAUCACAACAAGAGAAGGUCAAAACGUGACUUUAUACUGUAACGCUACUGGAAAUCCAGUUCCAACAAUAUCAUGGUACAAGAAUGGAUAUCCUAUAAAUAACAGCUUCGGUACCAUUUUGUCACCAAGCCAUGAACAGUUGACAAUAAGGAAUGUGAACAGGAUAGACCGUGGUGAUUACGAAUGUCGAGCGAAAAACAGAGUUGGAACGGAUACUUCUAACGCUUCCACGAUUAAUGUCCAGUUUCGAGCUGAAAUCGUCUCUCAUCCUCAAGCGAAUAUCACAAAGGAAGAGGGGAGUAAUUUGACUUUAUUUUGUAAUGCCACUGGAAACCCAACACCGAUAAUAUUGUGGACCAAAGAUGGAUCUCCCAUAAACAACAAUUCCAGAAUCAGGUUUUCAAAACAUAACAGGCUGUUGACCAUAUCAAAUGUGAGCAGAACCGCAGACAGCGGCCACUACCGAUGUGUGGCGAACAACAACCUGGGAAAUGAUACCUUAAACGUUGCUACCGUUGACAUCCAAUAUAAACCUGAGAUUACUUCUCAUCCUAAAAGUGUGGAUAUAAAAGAAGGAGGAAACGUGACCUUUUCUUGUAAUUCUACUGCAAAUCCAUUACCGACAACAUUAUGGACUAAAGAUGAAUCGCCCAUAACUAACGAUUCGAGGAUCAUUUUUUCAGUUGUCAAUAAAGUUUUGACGAUAACGAAUGUGAACAGAAAUGACAGUGGAGAAUACAGAUGUGUGGCAAGCAAUAAACUUGGAAACGAUACAUCAAAAGCUGCUCAAUUAAAUAUGGAAUAUGAACCGGAAAUUAUCACUAAUCCCUCUGGUGACACGGUGAAGGAAGAACAAAACAGGACCUUUUAUUGCAACGCGACUGGAAAUCCAUUACCAGCAAUAUCAUGGAAAAAAGAUGGACAUUCUAUCAGCAAUAAUUCCAGGAUCAGUUAUUCAGCAAAGAGCAACGAGUUGACGAUAAUAAAUGUGUACAGAACAGACAGCGGAAACUACCGGUGUGUGGCUGUCAAUAGCAUUGGUAAUGCCAUCUCAGAUGCUGCCAUAUUAGUUGUAUAUUAUAAAAGUGAGAUUACCACUCAUCCUGGUAAUGUGACAAAAACAGAAGGAGAAAACGUUACGUUACAUUGCAAUGCUCUCGGAUAUCCGCUCCCUACUCUAUCAUGGACCAAAGACGGGUCUGACAUAAGUAACAAUCCCAGGAUCAGCUUUUCAACAGACAAAAAACAGUUGGCAAUCACCAAAGCGAGUCGAGUAGACAGCGGAACAUACCGAUGUGUGGCGACCAACAGCCUUGGAAAUGAUACGUCUUUGGCUGCUGUUGUAGAUGUCCAGUUUGCACCUGAAAUAUCCAUACAUCUGAGGAAUGUCACAAUAGUAAGAGGAAAUAAUGUGACUUUCAGUUGUUCAGUGGUGGGGAACCCAACACCCGGUGUUCUUUGGACAAAGGACAGAGAAUACCUGAAUGUAACAGCAAAUAGUCGAUUUAACUUUUCCUCAAGGAACAAUAACCACAGUUUAGAAAUUGCAGAAGUUCUCCUCUCAGACUCAGGGCAAUACAGAUGUGUAGCUGAAAACAGCAAGAAUAUAUCAUAUUCAUCUGCAGCUGCCCUCACAGUGCAGUAUGUACCAGACCCACCAAAGGAUGUCAAAGUGAUCUCAAGUGGAUCACGGGAAGUGAAUAUCUCUUGGGCAGUUGGUUUUAAUGGAAACAGUGCCAUUCAGAACUACACAGUGGAAAUCAGAGAGGAUAAGCAGACUUUCAGAGAUGCCAUAUGUCAAGGAACACUCUUAAGGAAUAAUUGUGUAAUUUACACCACUAGAGUUUCUAUCAAAGAGCUGUUUCCAUGGACAACAUAUUACCUCAGGGUGUUUGCCAGGAACAUGAUUGGUUCAAGUAACUACAGCUCUGUAGUUAAUGUUACUACCGAUGAAGAAGUACCAAGCUCUCCUCAACCUUUUAAUGUGACUGUCCUCAAUUCUACUGCUGUUCAAGUUUCUUGGCAGAUGCUCGCUAAGCAAGAUGCUAGAGGUGCUAUACUGGGCUAUUACAUUCUGUACAAGAGAAAAAGCGAGCCAAAGGUAUCGUGGAAGAACAGAACUGUUGACAGAGCGGAGACCACUUCUUUAGUGUUGGCGUCUCUAGAUGAGUACACAUCAUACCAGUUUGCCAUACAGGGCUUUAACCGCAAGGGUGUCAGCGGUCGGAGUGAAAUUGUGGAAAGGAAGACAGAUGGAGGUGAUGUCCCUGAAAUUCUACCAGGCGAGCCCGCCGUCAAAGACCUACCGGAAAGAACCAUUUUUCAAGUUGGCGAUGUGGUAGUAUUAACAUGUGAGGCUACUGGAGAUCCUAAGCCUUCUGUUACAUGGAGUAAAAAUGGAAAUACCAGUAUACCACGGGCUCAAUUCAGAAACGAUGACCACAUUCUUGUCAUUCAAGAGGUCGCACCUAGUGACGGAGGCAUUUAUGAAUGCAGAGCAUUAAACAUUUUUGGGCAACGCCGAACAGCUACAGCAGUGAUCAUCGCCGUGCCACCCAGCAUCAUGAAAGACGUUUCCCCUAGAUCAGUUCUAUGUGCAAAGGAAACUUCGUGUUCUUUGCUAUGCCACGCGACUAGUGACAUUCCAUUUAACUACUCUUGGACAAGGAAUGGCCAGGCUCUAGAUGGCCAUAACAUUAAGGUCAUGAACAACAGUGUUAUUAUCACUCCUCUUGAUGAUCAAGAUUUUGGAGAUUAUGUGUGUCACGCCACAAACUCAUUUGGAUCUACAACUUACAAAAUAACUUUGUCAGAAAGCAGAGAAGAGGAAAAUAAUGUACAGAGCAUCUUUCGGGCUAAUGACAUCAUAUGGUCAGUGAUCGUUUUCCCGCUGCUUGUUUUGAUUGGUGUAUUGAUAUGGCGGCUUAGAAGAGCUCAGGCGAGCAACAGACCAGCGACUGCUAAGAAAGCCACCAUUAGAGAUACUGUCCAGUCUGUCUUUCCACUUGAGCAGCAUGCGUCAGAACCAGGGUCGUAUAUGGAGCUACGACCCAGGCCUUCGGAAGGACAAACACGAGUCCCCCCUGAAUACCAGUCCUCACAAGGGAGCCAGGUGAACGCUGGUUAUUACAACGUGGUUCCCGAGGAAGGAAACAAAAGGGGAUCAAAUGAAGAAAUAUAUGAUGACAUAAUGCUUCCUGAUUGUUAA